UAAAAAAUAUAAACGGUAGUGGAUUAAGUUUAAUAAAAUUUAAAAUUAGGAGGUUAAAAUUAAGAUAUAUAUUAAAUAAUAUACUCUUUUUAUUAAAAAAUGGGAGAAAUUAUUUUCUAUACAAUAAUUUCAGACCCUCCUUUGUAUGUUAAUUGUAAAGGUAUUGGAUAAAAGGUAUAGUAUAAUUAUCUUAAACAUGAUCCUUUUGAUGGAUUUAUUAAACCAAAAGAAGAAUGUAUUAUUAUUUUGCCUUCAAUACAUAAAGGAAGUAAUUAGAAUGGUGAUAUUGUGGCAAAAGCAUUAGUUUUUUCAACUCUUUAGGAAGAGAUAAGUUAAGAAUCACCAUUAGCUCGUUUUUACAAGCGAUAAACAGAAGAUAUAGUAAACAUUUUUAUGAAAAAUGAAGAUUAUGAUUUAUAUUAAAGACUCGAAUUAUAUAUAUCAUGUGAAAAUUUACCAAAUUUAGAUAUAACUUCAAAAACAGAUCCUUUAGUGAUAUGCUAUGUAAUAUAAGACAAAAAUGAAAUAGAGCGUCAUAGAACAGAAGUUAUUGCAAAUGAAUUAAAUCCUAAAUUUGCUAGAGCAUUUUUUAUUUAACAUACAUUCAAUAAAAAUUUUAAACUUAAAUUUGUUGUUUAUAAUGUAGAUGCUUAUGAUGAAAAUAACGAAGAACAUAUUAUGGAAGAAAUAGGAGAAGUUUAAUGCGAAAUUAAUGAUAUUAUUCAAGGAAAUAAUUACGUUUUUGGAGGAACUAAAAUAUAAUUUAUUAUUGGUAUUGACUUUACUUAAAUGCCUAAUAAUAUUUAUGAAACAGACACUGAAUAUUAAGAAGAUUUAAAAAAAUUAAAAAAUGAGUAUGUUUAAGCUCUUAAAUUAAUUAGUUCUUUUAUAUAAUACUAUCAGAUAAGUUAAUAUAUACCUGUUUAUGGAAUUGGUGCUAGAUUAUAACCUUCUUAUACUUUUUAUAGUAAUUGUUUUGCAAUUUCUGGGCAUUUUUUUGACCCUAAAAUAGAUAUUAGUAAUUCUGAAAAGUUAGUUUAAGCCUAUUUGAAUACUUUCAAGAAAAUAAAGCAGUCUGGUACAUUGAUUUUCUCAGAUAUUUUGAAAUUACAUUAAGAAUAUUCUAAAAAUUAUUAAUUUACUUAAGAAAAAUAAAAUUAUUUUGUUCUAAUACUUUUAUCUCAUAAUGAAUUGCUUUAAUCUGAUAUUGAAGAAACUAAAGCUAAUUUAUUUUAUGGAUGUGAAAAUAAUGUUUCAGUAAUUAAUAUUGGAAUAGGCAAAGGAGAUUUUCAAUACACCUCUGAACUUAAAUAAGAUUCAGAAGGGUUCUCAUGCCUUGUGGACAUACAAACUGUUGUAGUAAUUGUUAUUUCAAUUAAGAGGUUGAAUAAUGCCUUACUUGCAAUUAAACAUUUAAAUAUGCUUAAAGACAAAAUUUAUUAUGAUAAAAAAAAAAUUAUUGAAUAAAAUAAAUAUAAUGAAGAAAAAAAGGUUUUUUCCGCACCUCAAACUUUCUGA